AUGAGUGUUUAUAAUCAUCGUCCGAGCACUGUAAAUUUGAAUCAAUUGGUAACAAGUAUUCCUAUUCGGCGAAAAGCAGCCGAUCAAGUUGAACGAGAUAAGUUCGAAUGGAGUCAGUGGCAAAGUGCAAGCAAGGCAAUCAAUACUGCUGAAUCACCAGCAAAAGAAAAACAUGUUCGAAAUCUUAUUCUUGGUACCUUUCGAUUGGAAGGUGCGCGUCUAUUUUGGUCAAUGAUGACGAGACUUCAGUUAGAAUCACAUCCGAUUAUUUGCUGGAAAUUCUGUUAUGUUAUGCAUCGAGUUCUGCGCGACGGGCAUAAACAUGUUGUACAUGAUUCUGUUCAAUUAGCACCCUAUUUUGAACAGUUAGGCAAAUUCUGGUCUCCUUUCUCGGAAGCACCAUUACGCGGAGGAAGUCAACUGAGUGCACUCCGACAAAGCUAUGGUAUGAUGACAUAUCGAUAUUGUCGAUUAAUGGUAUCGAAAUUGACAUUUCACGAGCGCAAUCCGACAUUUGCUGGAAAUCUAUCGAUUGGCGAACAUAAUGAUAUUCGACGAAUAUUCAAUGAUAAUCUGGACGCAUACUUUCAAUUAUGUAUUGAGUUGCUCGAUUACAUGGAAGAAAUCUUAGGCCUUGUCGAAAUUGUCUUCACAUCACUGGAUCAAUCACGUGCAAAUUCAAUGACAACAGCUGGUCAAUGUCGUCUUCACCCAUUAAUUCUCUGCAUUCAAGAUUCAAGUAUUCUGUAUGAUUAUAUUGUCAAAGUUCUUUUCAAAUUACAUGAUAAUUUACCUGGUGAAACGUUACAAGGACAUCGACAACGAUUAAUUGAACAAUUUCGAAGAUUGAAACGUUUUUAUGAACAAUCGUCAACAUUACAAUACUUUCGAGAUUUAAUUAAAGUACCAAUUUUACCUGAUAAUCCACCAAAUUUCAAAUUGAAAGAUGAUAUCAAGAACUACCAAGCACCUAUUGCCAUUAUUCAUACACCACCACCGGAACCUACCCAAGCUAUUGAUGACAUUCUGAUUGAUACAAGUGACGAUACUCAAUCCACUGCAAGUUUUGCGAUGAAUGAUGAUUGGCCACCCAAUGGACAUGCACCGGAUCGAUCAAAAGAAAUUGCCGAUUUAGAACAACGAUUAUUAAAGUGUGAUCUAAUGCUACGAGAGAAUCGUUCGGAAACUGAUGAGUUACAUCGACUGAUCGCGGCUAAAGAUUCUGAACUAACAUCAGAAAGAAAUCAUCGGUUACAACUAGAAGAACAAAUUCGUCAGCAAUUGGAUAACCAACGUCGUGUGGAAGAAAUGCAUGCACUCGAAAAAAAAUCGAAUUCAGAUGAAAAAUUCAAUAAGUUACUUGAAGCUUACAAUAAACUCCGCGAAGAACAUAUCGUCGUUUUACGUCGAGAAGGUGAAAUAAAGAAGCAAUUAGCAAACUUUCACCAAGAGCAUGCACAAUUAAAAGAAGCUCAUAAAAAAAUGGGCGAGGAAUUUAAUCGCAUGAAAACCGAGUAUGAACAGCUGAGACAACAUAAUCAAGAAGAACUCAACGAAGAGAUUCUUCAAUUACGACAAACAAAUGAUCAAAUCUUUUUCGAGAUGAAUACAUUGAGAUCACAACGCGAAUUAUUCGAAAAUGAAUUCGAAGAACAGACUGUUCGAUUGAAUGAGAAUGAAAAUCAACGUCAAAACCAAGAAAAAACCAUUCACGAACAGACCAAACGAAUCGACACGUUGACGCUCGAACUCGAUGAGAAGACACAAGCUCUUCAACGUGAAUUGAGCAAUUUUGAAAAUCAGACGAAUGCACUCGUCGAACGUGAAGAAAAACUUAUUCGUCUGACUGAAAUUAUCAAUAACUAUGAGACAAGUGUGAAAGAGAGUCAGAAAAUGAUCGAAGAAUGUCAGUUGACAAAUAAAACAUUGAAAGAUGAUCUACAAAAUAAGUCUAACGAGUUUACUAAUAAACUAAACACUAUUCAGCAUGAUCAUGAACAAGAAAUGAAAGAACAUUUAACUACAAUUCAGGAAUUGAAAUCCGAAAAUUCUAAUCUCAAUGCUAAGUUAACCGAAUCGAAUGGUAUCGUAACCGAUCUACAGCAUGAAAACGAACAUCUUAAAAAUCAGUUAGAUACAUCCAAUCGAGAAAGAGAACAAUUUCGAAAAGAUGUAGAUGAGUUAAAACGAUUGAUGGAAGACCGCGAGACUGAAUUGCAAAGUCGAAUAGCGGCAUUAACAAAUGAACGUAAUGAUUAUCAAACAACAACAGUCAUAACAACAGAACGUAUCAAAGAAAUUGAAAAUGCUAAACAAAGUGUCGAAAAUCGUUAUCGAGAGUUAGAAAGUGAAAAGGCGAUGAUUCAUGGUCGACUGGAAAAUGACAAAUUGGAAUUUGAAAGAAAACUACAAGAAGCUGAAAGUGAUCGUGGCGACUUGUUAUCAAAAAAUCAGGAACAUGAAGAGAAUUUAAUCGAUUUAAUUCAUGAAAAAGAAGAAUUAGAAAACAAACUUGCUGACAUGGAAGCAUUAACCCGUGAAUGGGCACAAAAGUAUGUAACUACAACUGACAGCCAAAAAUUGAUGCAAACAAAUCAUGCCAACAUGAUGAAUAACUUAAAACAACAAUAUAAAUAUUCAAUUUUAACGUUUUGCAUCAACCAAAUGCAUGAUGGAAUUGAACGUGCGAAAGAUGUAGAAUUGUUGAAUUGUAAAAGUGGCGCAGAAUAUCUCCUAUCAAAACUUCGAACGGCUGUAUCUAGUGCAAAGACCACGCAGGAUUUGUGGAAAAAACAGGUCACUGAAGAAGAAGCCGCAACAUUCCCAUUUCUAAAUGAAUGUAUUUUACUGUCGAGCUGUAUGGUCGACAUUGUUGUUCAUGGCAAAGCUACAUCUAAUCUCGUGCAAGAUGUCGAUCAAAGUGUUGUAUUAGCUGAUAAUUGUCGGGAUGUGACGUUGCAAUGUAUUGAUCUUUAUACGAACUAUCAAACACCCGCGACAAAUAUUGAUUUUGAUAAACAAUCGAGUGAAUUAAUUCGUCGAUUGAAUUCCCUUAUUGACAAGACAACAACACUUUUGCCCAAGGUAUCAGAUAUCAGCAAGGAAGAAUUGGGUGAUCUCGUAGAAAAAGAGUUGCAAUUAACCCAUGAAACGAUAGACGAGGCUGUUCGACAACUAGAAGCGAUGAUGGCAAAAUCACGUGAGCAAGAUACUGGAAUCAAAUGUGAAGUCAACGGACAGAUUCUUGAUUCAUGUGGUAAACUAAUGCAAACCAUCAAAGCUUUAAUCAUCAAAGCACGAGAUCUUCAAAAGGAAAUUGUUGGACAAGGACGAGGUACAGCAAGUGCACGUGAAUUCUAUACAAAGAAUCAUAAGUGGACCGAAGGUCUUGUUUCGGCAGCGAAAAAUGUUGGUGUCAAUGCGAAGGUUUUAAUUGAAUCAGCUGAUCAUCUGUUGGGUGGUAGUGGCAAAUUCGAAGAAAUCAUCGCUUGUUCACAAGAAAUUGCCGCAUCAACAGCGCAAUUAGUUGCAGCAUCGAAUGUCAAAGCUGAUCGCGAGUCAAAAAAUCGUGAAGCACUUUCCCAAGCAUCCAAAGCAGUCAAUGCAUCAACUGCUCAAGUUGUUGCAACAGCCAAAAACUGUGCUUCAAUUAUUGAAGAGAAGAGUACAAUGGACUUCAGCUCAUUGAGUUUACAUCAAACUAAACGUAAAGAAAUGGAUGCUCAAGUGAAAGUUCUUGAAUUGGAAAAGGCGUUAGAACAAGCUAAACAACAAUUAUAUAAAUUACGCAAACAGCAUUAUCAAAUGGCUGGCGAAGAAGCUGGCUGGGAUCAAAAUGGGGCGACGGUGUUUCCAAGAGUUUCUUGUUGGAUAUGGAAACUGGAAAAUGCAUGGGAUAAACUUCUUCGAUCAUUUUCCCCUGUUUCGCUUUUAAUUUAUUAUACUCUUUUUAUUGUUCUUUUUUGA